UAGUUUCCAAACGGUGGUGUCGCUAUAGUCAUGAAGUUCUUCCUCGCUCUCGUUGGAGCAUUCUGCCUUUUUGGCAGCCUAAAUGCCCAGUCUUCUACUCUGAGCACAACCGUGAACAGCGCCAUCAGCAUCUCCAAGACUACUCUAACGGCAGCAAUUCAACAGUUGAACAACACGAUUAACACAGCCGAUCAGUCCGUCCAUACAUCAUGGACUCAAUUCAUCCAAAGCAUGGUAACUCUGUACACGUCGUACUACAACCGAUUCCAGAACUACACCACAAUCGAUCUGACCAGUCUCAAUAACACCAUCAACAAUAUGCAUAUGAUGAUGAUGGAAAAUCAGCCAAUACAAGAUUGGUCUAUCGGUCAAAUUUUCACCGAAGUGCAAACAAGCGCUCUGCAGGUCGAGACUGCUCUUAAUACAGCCGUCCAAACUAUGAGCAACUCCUGUGCACCUCCAUGUGCCAACCCGACCAAGGUUGCUACCUGUACCACCAAAUUCGGACCUAAGUUGACAACUGCUCCGAUCACUAUGGACCGUUUGACUGACUGUCUCACUGCUGAAUUGGCCCGCUACUCCGAUAUUGGCGUAAUGAUGGCUGCGCAAUACCCAAAAAUAUUGACCAGUGCUGUGAACUACCUCAAGGUGGUGGACGUCUGUGAUACCCCUGUACCGGAAGUUCUGAACAAUCCGUCCCAAAUGUAUGGCUCGCCGUCUAUUCAGUGUCUCUCGACUUUCAUGCAGAGAGUCAGCAACAUGCCGUACAAUUACUACAUUUCUGACAACAUGCGUUAUCCCCAGACGUACUUGGUGCAACAACGGGUAAUGCGCUGUGCCAAGCUGGCUGAGUUGGACAUCAAGGAUCGCAUCACCAAGGUGGUGGAAAGCUUCCAGAACUGCCUGUAAAGCGCGGAUAGGUCAGCAACUAGGUGAUAUUGUGAUAACAUCAUCCUUUUUUUUGUGGAUUGCAAAUAAAUUAAUCAACUGGCAAUUGUUUUACUUGAUUUU